UAGUAAAAGGCAAAGAGGAGUUCUCAGCGAGCAAGCCACGGAAAGCUGCUUUUUAAAUUUCAUUCAAACUGCAGACACGAUCGGAUGAAAAGAAGGAGAAAAGGACAAGUUCCCCACGGACUUAAAAAAUCCAGUUUUGUCGGCGAGCGGUGGGAAAAAGAAGGAAUAUAAACUAUUCAAUUCAGCGGGAUUGCAGAGAAUUAAAAUAGAGACUUAGUCAAUUUGCGGGGCUACAAGUGUGUGUAACUCUGCAGACUGACUAGAAAAGAGGAGCUCAAGGCAUUCUUUGAGUUGACUUCAACACUCAUCUGGAGUGGUAAUGUCUUGAGGUGGUGAUCUCACCAGCCCAGUAAAGGACGUGCAGGUACCUGGCUGCUGCCUCUAAUGGGAGCUCCUGCUCCGCCAUGAGUGCUCGCGAUGGCGGUGUUGGUGGCAUGGGCACCCUGGGCCGAAGGCAGCGCUUUGAGAACUCGGAGUUCACUGUGCGCAUCUACCCAGGCACCCUCGCAGAGGGUACCAUCUACUGUCCAAUCAGUGCCCGCAAGACUACCACAGCCGCUGAGGCCAUCGAACGCGUCAUCGAGCGGCUGCAGCUGGACCGCACCAAGUGUUACGUCCUCGCCGAGGUGAAGGAGUUUGGCGGGGAGGAAUGGAUUCUGAACCCCAGCGACUGUCCUGUGCAGAGGAUGAUGCUCUGGCCCCGUGUGGCCCUAGAGCACCGCCCAUUGUCUGGUGGAGAGGAUUAUCGCUUCCUAUUGAGGCAGAAAAAUCUGGAUGGCUCAAUUCACUAUGGAGGCAGCCUCCAGAUGUGGCUGCAGAUAACAGAGGAGCGAAGGCGUAUGGUUGAACGCGGACUGCUGCCGCAGCCUGAUUCUCAGGGUGACCAGGCCGACCUGUGCUGCCUGCCGGAGCUCAAUGAGCGCUCGCUGCUGGACAACCUGCGCUCACGCUUCCAGCAGGAAAAGAUCUACACUCACGUUGGAAGCAUCCUGAUUGUCAUUAACCCCUUCAAGUUCCUGCCCAUCUACAACCCCAAGUAUGUGAAGAUGUAUGACAAUCACACGCUGGGACAUUUAGAGCCGCAUAUUUACGCCGUGGCGGAUGUGGCUUACCACGCCAUGCUGAGGAGACAGAGGAAUCAGUGCAUUGUAAUAUCUGGGGAGAGCGGUUCUGGGAAAACACAAAGCACAAACUUUCUCAUUCAUCAUCUGACUGCCCUCAGUCAGAAGGGCUUUGCCAGUGGAGUGGAGCAAAUCAUAUUGGGAGCCGGACCAGUAUUAGAGGCUUUUGGGAAUGCAAAGACGGCACAUAAUAACAACUCUAGUCGUUUUGGCAAGUUCAUUCAGGUGAACUACCAGGAGAGUGGCACUGUGAGAGGGGCGUACGUAGAAAAAUACCUCUUGGAGAAGUCAAGGUUGGUCUAUCAAGAGCACAAUGAGCGAAACUACCACGUGUUUUAUUACCUGCUGGCAGGAGCAAGUGAAGACGAGAGAAAAGCCUUUCAUCUCAAGAAGCCUGAAGAAUAUCAUUACCUCAGUCAGAUGACAAAGACAAGCAGCCAUCCGCACUGGGACAGUUACUGUGAGAGUGAACCGGACUGCUUCACUGUUGAAGGAGAGGACCUGAAGCAUGACUUUGAGAGGCUCCAGUUGGCCAUGGAGAUGGUGGGCUUUCUCCCUUCCACACGCAAACAGAUCUUCUCUUUGCUGUCGGCCAUCCUUCACCUGGGAAACAUCCGCUACAAGAGGAAGACCUAUAGGGACGACUCCAUCGACAUCUGUAACCCUGAGGUUCUGCCUGUUGUCUCAGAACUACUGGAGGUCAAAGAGGAGAUGCUGUUUGAAGCGCUGACUACAAGGAAGACGGUCACUGUGGGAGAUAAGCUGAUUGUUCCCUACAAACUGGCUGAGGCUGGUACGGUGCGAGACUCAAUGGCCAAGUCUCUUUACAGUGCUCUGUUUGACUGGAUUGUGUUCAGGAUCAACCACGCUCUGCUGAACAUCAAAGACCUGGAGGAGACUACCAAGAUCUUGUCCAUCGGUGUGCUUGACAUUUUUGGUUUUGAGGACUACGAGAACAACAGCUUUGAACAGUUUUGCAUCAACUUCGCCAACGAGCGUCUUCAGCAUUAUUUCAACCAGCACAUCUUUAAGCUUGAACAGGAGGAGUACAGAGCAGAGGGCAUCAGCUGGAGAAACAUCGAAUACAUCGACAAUACAGGCUGCAUCAACCUGAUUAGCAAGAAGCCCACAGCACUUUUCCACCUGCUGGAUGAAGAAUGCAACUUCCCUCAAGCCACCAAUCAGACGCUGUUGGAUAAGUUCAAGCGGCAGCACGAAGGGAACAGCUACAUCGAGUUCCCUGCCGUCAUGGAGCCCGCCUUCAUCAUCAGACACUAUGCUGGAAAAGUCAAAUAUGGUGUAAAGGAUUUCAGGGAGAAGAACACUGAUCACAUGCGGCCGGACAUCGUAGCUCUGCUAAAGAGCAGCAAAAACGCGUUCAUCUGCAGCCUGAUCGGCAUCGACCCCUCGGCCACUUUUCGCUGGGCCGUACUCCGGGCGUACUUCAGGGCCCUGGUGGCUUUUAGAGAGGCUGGAAAGAGGCACACACACAAGAAGAUUGGGCAUGAUGACGCUGCUCCCUGUGCAGUAUUGAAAAAAAUGGAUAGUUUUAGCUUUCUGCAGCACCCUGUGCAUCAGAGAAGCUUAGAGAUCCUGCAGAGAUGCAAAGAGGAGAAGUACACUCCUGAUGAGAGUGAAAGUGUUGUACAAAGGGAUGAUGAAACAGAGAAUGGUGUGACCAGAAAGACUCCACGAACGCCUUUAUCAGACAUUCAGGGAAGCAAUGCCAUCAUGGAGAAAUCACCACGGGGUUCUCCUGGCCUUGGCUGGAAUGGGCGGGUCGGUCGCCAGAGUCAGCUGUUUCCCAGCAGCUCCAACGCAGAAGAAGACGGCAUCUUUGUCAACUCAGCUAGCAGCAAACUCCUGGAGAGAGCUCAUGACAUCCUGAUGAGGAACAAAAACUACAAAUCUAAGCAAGUUCUUCCAAAGCACUUAUUGAAUGUCAAAUCACUAAAGUACCUAAGCAACCUGACGCUUCACGACCGCAUCACCAAGUCGCUGCUUCACCUCCACAAGAAGAAGAAACCUCCCAGUAUCAGCGCACAAUUUCAGGCUUCUCUCAAUAAGCUCAUGGAGACUCUGGGUCAGUCUGAGCCUUAUUUUGUCAAGUGCAUCCGUUCUAAUGCAGAUAAGCUGCCCUUACGGUUUGACGAUAACUUGGUGCUGAGGCAGCUGCGGUACACAGGAAUGCUGGAGACAGUCCGCAUCCGGCAAUCAGGAUACAACGUCAAGUACACCUUUAAGGAUUUUGUCCAUCACUUCAGUGUGCUGAUGCCAGAGGGCACCAUUUCUACAAAGGAGAGCAUCCAGGAAAGUAUGGAUCAGCUAGAUCUACAACCAGAAGGGUAUCAAGUGGGAAAGACAAAGGUGUUUUUACGGGAGGCUGAGCGUCAGUGGCUGCAGGCCGAGCUCCACAGAGAAGUUCUCAGACUCAUCGUCAUGCUGCAGCAGCGAUUCAGAGCGCGACUGGAGAGGAAACAGUUCGUCAGGAUGAGGGAGGCGGCAGUCUGCAUCCAGAAAUGGUGGCGUUCAAACCGGUCCAUGAAGGAGGAGGAGUAUUAUGACCCUGCUGUCCAGGACAGGGCAGCUCUGUGUCUGCAGACACACUGGAGAGGUUACAGAGAGCGCCAGAGGUUCAGGCAGUGGAUAGAGGCUGCUCAGGUUCUACAGAAGGCGUGGAGGUUCUGGCUCUGUCGGCGCUCCUCUGCAGCACUAGUUAUUCAGACUGCAUGGCGUUGUCAUCAGGCCAGGGAAUCUUACCUGCAUUUGUAUGGUGCUGUGGUUCAGCUGCAGGCAAUUGGCAGAGGCUUCCUCAGCAGGCAAAGCUUCAGAAAAUUGAGAGAACAGCGACACGAGGAGGAUGAAAAGCUACUUCAGCUUCAGAAUGGCCAGGUGAGCAUCUCACCUGCAGAGGAGGAGGAGGAGCUGUCAGACGGAAUCAUGGGGCUGGACCUCAGCACCUGGGAGGAUCGUUUCUACGAAGAACGAGAAAGGAGCCUCCAUAUACUCAGCAGCCACAAGGGUGCUGUUAAAAAGGAAGAAGAGCAUACAAAGACAAAGGAAGGCAGCUCUGAAGCAGAAACUGAAGCAAACACCUCAGUUCCAACAAACUCCGUGGUGGUGCCGGACCGGGUGAGAACUGUGGAGGAGCCAAGCCAGAAAACCACUCGGGCCAAAAGAGAGAGCCGGCGGAUGAGGGAGUUGGAGCAGGCCAAGUUCAGCCUGGAGCUCCUGAAGGUCCGGGCAAACAGUGGCGGAGCUCACUCUCCCUCUGAGGAGCGGCGCUGGUCUUUGGAGCUGAUGCCUCCCGCUAGCCCAUCUCUCCAUUCACCCCAAGGCACACCCGACAGUGAGAGCUCCAAAGGUAGCUUUGAGCUUCCCUUGAUGGAUGAAGAGCCACCUAAGGCUACAGAGGAGAUAAUGGACAGUGAGGACCACUUCUCCCCCGUCCCACCUAUUGCUCCUGGAUCAGAUUCAAAUGUGGAGGAUAUUUCAUCAAGCCCGAAGCUAACUGAACCAUAUAAAACAGGGGUUUCUGAAGCUAUGCUUCCUCAAAGAAGCCAGAGUCCAUCCAGAAUGGAUCCACCUGCUCCCUCACAUCUGCCCAAAAUCCAGAACAACCUCCCCAUGUUUUAUGUCCCUCCUCUUAAGGACGGCACCCUAAUCUCCCAUCCUGCUGCCGAAGACCCUCAGUCAAACAAUGAGGCGGCUGUAACCACAGCCACCACCUCCAUUAUAAAGCCUCUCAAAGAGAGAAGAGAUUCAUCACGACGACCGGUGGUCGUGGUCAUCAGCAUGCAGAAAGAAACCCCGCUUAGUGAGGAGCUGAGUGCCAUCAUCCAUCCUCCUGUAGACCUUAGAGAUUCUGCGGCCCAGACAGGAGAUUCUGGGCCAGAAAAUAAGGGUCGCAUCCCUCAGGCCGACCAGGCCAUCAUGGAGAAGCUGGUGCGCCUGAAUGAGGAGAUAGAGGAGCGACGGCGCAACGAGCAGCAGCAGAACGAGAAGGAGAUGAUGGAACAGAUAAGGAGACAGAAAGAAGUGUUGGAGCAGCAGCGUAUUAAGUACGCUCAGUAUGAGAAAGAGAUGUUUGAGAAGCAAAGAGAAGAGGCCCUGCAGAGGAUACAACAGAGCAGACAGGGCAAACUAGUUUCUGCCAGAACGUCAAUGUCCAGCAAAGGCCCCAGACCCAGCUCCCUGCUGAUUGAGAAAACCUCAGCCCAAGUUCCUCAUGGCAGAACACAGUCAGACUCAGCGUCCCCUCCGCCUCACUCUCCAGUUGCUGUAGGCCCUCAUGGAAGCUCCCGUCUCCCUCCGCUGCCCCCUCCACCGUUCUCUGCUCCUACAGAGAGACGCAAAGAUCACCGACCUACUGGCGAAGGCUGGGCCCCUAAACUCACUCUGGAGAGCAGAAAUGGAGCAGGAGUCAGAGUGAAAAUCGCCACCAAGAAGCCGCAGAAUCAAGAAGGUACAACAGUGAGUCUGGCUGACAAACCAGGCAACAUCUUCUUCUCUCCAAACGACCAAGUGACAUUUACCACAUUCAACACUGAUGCUGUCACUAUAGAACCAGCUGUAGCUGUUCCCAGAGAAGGACCCACACCAAUGUUGAAGCCUUUUAAAGGAACAAAGGCUUGGGAUGUCAGCAGUGUGGGCCAAAAAAAGAAAGCCAGAAUGGCACGGACCCGCUCCGACUUCCUCACCCGCGCCUCCAGCCUUGCAGCUGGAGGCGAUUCAGAUGAGGAAGACUAUGAUGGCGACAGCCUCACCAGCCCGCGUCAUUACACUCUGCCCCUCUCCAAGCAGAACUCCACGGAGGCGGGCCUAAGAGAGGCCUGCUUCAGUGACUCAGACAUGCCCUUGAGCUCCGACGAGCAAAAGAAGAUCCACAAAGCCAUGUCAUCAGGAGAUCUAGUCAAAGUGGAGUCGCUGCGCAAAAAUUCACAAGAUGGAAGGGUUCGUGGGAAAAUGCGUUUCUGGGGCAAAUCCAAGUAUGGGGACAAAAAGACGUCCAGAGAAAAACUGCUUUGUGUGGCUGAUUCCCUGGAUGCAGACUAUGGAGAAUCUGGGCAACUUCUGGGGGAUGCAGGCCAGGAAAACAUGUCGCCGCCCUGCAGUCCUGACCUGACUCUGGACCGAGGCUUCAGGGACCUGAAGGAGAACAAGGAGCCGUCUCCGAAGGUGAAGCGGCGGCGGAGCGUGAAGAUCAGCAAUGUGGCGCUGGAACCCACUCAGUGGCAGAACGACGCGCUGCAGAUCCUCUCCAGCAUUAACGACUACAGGAGCAUGAACGAUUUCCUCAUAAAGAAGAUCAAUGAUUUGGAGACUGAGGACAGUAAGAAGGACACCAUGGUGGACGUUGUCUUUAAAAAGGCUCUGAAGGAGUUCCGUCUAAACAUCUUCAACUCCUACUCCACAGCACUUGCCAUGGAUGACGGUAAGAGUAUCCGCUACAAAGACCUUUAUGCUCUGUUUGAGCAGAUCCUGGAAAAGACGAUGCGACAGGAGCAGAGAGACUGGAGGGAGUCUCCUGUCAAAGUUUGGGUCAACACAUUUAAAGUUUUCCUGGAUGAGUUCAUGACUGAGUAUAAACUGAUGGACAGCGCUCUCACCAAGCCACUUCCUAAGCCUGAACGUAAAAAACGGAGGAAAAAGGAUACUGAUAUUGUUGAGGAACAUAAUGGACACAUCUUCAAAUCCACUCAGUACAGCAUCCCCACAUACUGUGAAUACUGCUCUUCUCUCAUCUGGAUGAUGGAUCGAGCCUGUGUGUGCAAAUUGUGCCGAUACGCCUGCCACAAGAAGUGCUGCCAGAAAACAACCACCAAAUGUAACAAGAAGUUUGAUCCAGAGUUGUCCUCCAGACAGUUCAGGGUGGAUGUUUCUCGCCUGACUAACGAUGAGAGGACUGUUCCUUUGGUGGUGGAGAAGCUGAUCAAUUACAUCGAGAUGCACGGCCUCUACACCGAAGGAAUUUACAGAAAAUCAGGGUCCACCAAUAAAAUUAAGGAGCUCAAGCUAGCACUCGACACUGAUGUGGAAAACAUGAAUCUUGAUGACUACAGUAUCCACGUCAUCGCCAGCGUCUUCAAGCAGUGGCUGAGGGACCUGCCUAAUCCACUGAUGACUUUUGAGCUGUAUGAGGAGUUCAUCCGAGCAAUGAGCUUGCAGGACAAGAAGGAAAUGAUUCGAGGGGUUUACUCUGUCAUCGACCAGCUCAGCCGAACUCACCUAAACACUCUGGAACGCCUCAUAUUUCAUCUGGUCAGGAUCUCAUUGCAAGAAGAAACAAACCGCAUGUCAGCUAAUGCCUUGGCGAUAGUUUUUGCUCCCUGCAUCCUUCGCUGUCCAGACACUACCGAUCCUCUGCAGAGCGUCAAGGACAUCAGCAAGACGACAGCGUGUGUAGAGCUCAUCAUUUGCGAACAGAUGACUAAGUACAAAGUUCGAUUAAAGGACAUCAACACGCUGGAAUUUGCUGAGAAUAAGGCCAAGUCCAAACUGAGCCUCAUUCGACGAUCGAUGGGUAAAGGUCAAGUACAUCGGCUGACCUACCACGCAUCUUCUCCUCCGGGCAGUCCACGGCUGACGUUCAGAACCGAUGCAGCAAGAGAAGAGAGCGGUGGUGAAGAGGGAGCGGAGUCGCUCAUCAACAUCUCUGAGCACCAGCAGGCCGCCAUGCAGCAGGAGGACAGAGUGCUGAUGGAGCAGAUUGAAAGCCUACAGAAAAAGAAAGAGGAGUUGACUGUUGAGAUGCUGGCACUGGAGCCACGAGCUUCAGAUGAUGAGACCCUGGAGUCUGAAGCUUCCAUCGGUACAGCUGACAGCUUGGAAAACCUCAAUGUGGAUUCGGAAGAAACCAUUUCUGACUUCUCUGAGAGAGGUGCAAGGAUGUCUUCCCCGUGGCCUCCCAGAUCCGAUGGGAAGGACACCAGACGACGCACUCAGCACCAGCAGUCGGAUUCCCUGGACUCUGCUGACUCUUGUUCCACUGUUUCUUCCUACUCCUCCUCAUCACACUUCCAUCCGUCACCCUCCUCCUCUGCCGCCUCUCGCAGGUUUCGUUUCCACUCCAAGUCUCCUGCUGUGGGCUCGAGUCCUGUACGCUCUCUGACCCAGCCUCUAGAUGCAUCUCAUUCCUUUCGAUCAGACAGCUUUGACGGCAGCCCGACGGGAGAGCAGGACAUUGCCUAUGACGAAAGGCCUCUGUUUACAAGCCGUGGCACAUACAAUCCAGAGAAGGGCAAACAGAAACUUAAAGGUGCCAGACAUUCAGCCGGGAGGAACGUGAGAGACGGUGGCGGUGACCCUCCUGACAUAUCCCAGCACCUGGUAUUGUAUGGUAGUAAUGAAUUUAUGGUAUGAAGGACACAGGGACACCGAGGCACUCAUACUAGCCUCUGUUUGUUGAAGCCAGUGGUAAAAAUGCCGUGCAAAUGGAGGGAGACGAGAGGAAUUGGUGGAAGGGCUCAUCUGCUGGAGACUCAACUGCAACCAUGCUUUCACAGUGCCUUGGCAGCUCUUUCCUCUGCAUCAGGAGGGGAGAGACUGAGCAGCAGGACAGAGAAAAGGGAAUGUUGGCUAAUGGAAAGAAACUUUGCAUCAGGGAAUGUCACGGAGUCAGAGAGCUGAAGAUUUAUACUUCCUUUAUAUUAGUGAAACAAGGCUUCAUCAGACAUUGCAGAUGUUCAGUGGACUUUAAUCUCCCAAUUAUUAGCUUCUUUAUCAGUUUACAGUUUAAAACAAUCAGUGUAAGCAGUGGACAUUUUUUUUCUUAUUUAAUAAAUUUUAUUAUCACAGAAAUGCUUUAUGGCCUAUAAUAUACAGGUAUAAAUACUGUACAAAGCUGGAACACCUGCCUCUGCUGGGUAGUUAAAGUCUAAUAUUUAUCAUUUACCUUUUUUUUUUUUUGAGUAUCCUGGACUUGGAUGAUCAUGUUUGAGUAUGUGCAGAGCUGAGCGCCCAUACAAGACCGUAUGUAUGAGUGUGAAAGACAAAAACCACUUUAUGUGUUUGAUGUUUGUGCUGCUUUGUUUCCUCCCUAACAGGGGGAAUGCCACCAUCAUUUAAAGGGACCAAGAUAGCUGGUGUGCAUUCCAGCCAAGGGCAUCCCAUCUGUUUAAGAAUGUCAAAACACCUACAAGAUUUCUGCAUUUUACUGUUCUACAUCCAUACAACAAGUAUAAUGUACUGUACAGGUCAUAUGUACAGCAUAGUGGACAAAUGCCAUUGUUACUCACCCACCUCCUGUCUCUGAAGGUUUUUGGUCAAUAGCAACCAAGAAAAAGCAUACAAUCA